UAUAAAUAUAAAAUCAUUUUUUUUUUUUAACGCCUUAAUUUUAUUAAUAUCAACUGAGGUUUAACAAAGUAUCAGAAUCAAAACAUACAACAAAUACAUUUUUAAGCUGAACAUGAUAAUAGAAAAGUAAUAACACGAUGCUUCCUAACUCACUUUGCAGGAUAGACUGAUUCGCUAACUUUUCUAUCGUUGCUCUCGGCCUUAUAUGAUCUUGUGUUCGGCUAUCAUCCAUUGUGAUCCAACGCCUUUCAUCACUUAAUAGAUCAGGAGGCACGAUCCAUCUGUUACAUCGUUGCCCAUUCCAUACACUCCCGCUGCAAGAGAUAACAUGCUUUGUUGUAUUCCAUAUCCAUACCAUACAUAAUUCCUCAAAUUGACAUUGAUAAUAAUCAAACACCAUCGUCUUCCAUUCCAUGCCUUCACAUAAACGAUCCAUUUCCCUUCUUAUUGUCAAAUAAUGCUGAAUCUUAUCUCUCUGAAGUAGUGGAGCCACAAUCAUCCAAGAUAGAUUGUCUAAAGCACACGAAGUACGUAAUCUAUUCCAUGUCCAUGGCGGUUUGAGAUUCCUUUUUUUGUUACAUGGGGCUCUCAAUUCUUUCAAAGAAUUUUCUGGAGAGAAUAAACCGCCAUGACUUACCAGCCAUGGGAACACACCGACAAAACAGAACCUCCAAGUUUUGUUUGCCAGAAGAUCACACUCAACAAUUAAGGAGAUAAAAAACUCACCAAUUAGGGAGAAGAUGGAUUUGUCACAAAUCGGACCCAAACGCCGUGACUGCCCAAUGAGCCAAUUGAUAAACAGAAACUUGUAUGCCCACUGCGAAACCAUCACGCGACGUUGGCCGGAAUAGAAGAGACGGUGUGACGAUAACACACGUCGCUUGAAACGAUAAGUCGAAGACAAUGAUUUCAACGAAAUCAUACUUUAUUGACACACUAAAACACAAACUAGAAAACAGUAAGAAAAACAAGAGUACGUACCGACGCCGGAGCCGGCGCCGGCCGGAGGUUAUAGUGAAGAAGGUGUUGACUUUUAUUUAUCGCUUCAGAAGUCGCACGGUUUGAGAGAGAAAAAACGGUUAUUUUAAAUAUAAAAUCAUUUUAAAUAUACAAAAUCGUAACAGCUUUGUCAAACUAAAAUAACAAAGCGUAAGCCGGGACUUUAUUUUUGAAUAGUUAUACUUAUAUCACGUAAUUAAAAAGUCUUAAAAUCUCAAGUUUAAAUAUUCUUCCAACUGAGUUCCGAUAUUUGCUGUAACGAUAUGGAAUGGAACUAGUUGUCAAACGAAGAAAAAUUCAAAAAGUUUUUUUCCUUUAUUUAAAAAACAACUCGCAACAAGAAUUUGUUUAUUAGAAAAAACAAAUUAAGUUGUAUCUAGGACUUAUCGUUUAUUCUCUCUACCAUCCAAGAGUCCCUGAGAGAUCUUAUCUGUUUUACAGUUACUGUAAGUCUGCAAAGAUUAAAAUGAUAAAUUAAAAAAUUGCACGAUCUCCCAUUUGUUGUCUUCUACGUUCUCUAUUUCCUUUUCUGUUUACCUUUGUUUUAAAAAGUGCUCUUUCGUUUGUGGUUCUCACGGUCUUGAGCCUUUCAGUUUCCUUCAACAGAGACCAAAUCAUUUUUUUCAUUUUUUUUUGCAAAAUCCAGGUUUGUCCCAGCGCCGGCACUGACCACAAUUGUCAUUAGCAUUGAAACUUGUCCAUGAGAAACGAUGAGAGUAUAUGAGUCUAUGAACAUGGAGGAAAUUCACGAACAGAUCCAUUAAAAGAGGACUUUUGGGAUAAGACGUUAUUAUUAGAGAUGAAUUUCACAGAAUCUAUGAACGUUGUGCACAACAGAAUCCAACAACUCGAACCUGAAAAUGCUUCCAAAAUCAUUGGUUAUCUCUUGUUGAUGCAAGAACAUGGCGACCGGGACAUGAUCCGUCUCGCCUUCUGCCCUGAUUCUGUGAUGCGUUCCAUGAUCAACUUCGUUAAAUGCGAACUAGCUAAAGAUCCUCGUUACUACAGCCCUCCUUCUGAUCACCUUCCUAUUCGUAGUAGUUUUGGAUCUUUCACCGGUUCAUCAAUCCAGCCUCCCUCGGCAUCGGUUUCUCCUCCUCUGAGAAUCGGUUCUUGGGAGAAUUCAACUGAGGUUGAUUCACUCCAGUUCUUGAACUUUGACGAGUCAAUGACAAGCCCUGAGUUCUCUAGUGGCUUCUUCUCCCGGGAUCACCAAUGUCUGCCUUUGAGAACGAGCAGGAGAUCACCGAGUUUACCCGAGUUCCCGGUAAAAAUAUGUCACUACUUCAGCAAAGGGCACUGCAAGCACGGCAACAAUUGCCGCUACUUCCACGGGCAGAUCAUUCCGGAGAGAGAGAGUUUCUCUCAGAUGUUUAAUCCAAACAACGUAAGUGAUGAAGAGCACGUUGUUUCUCCUGGAUCACUAGAGAAGCUUGAAGGAGAGAUCAUCGAACUGCUGAAAUCAAGAAGAGGCGCUCCAAUUUCCAUAGCUUCGUUGCCAAUGAUGUACUUCGAAAAAUACGGUAGGACCCUUCAAGCUGAAGGAUAUCUCACUGAGUCACAAAGACAUGGCAAAGCUGGCUAUAGCCUCACCAAGCUUCUUGCUCGCUUGAAGAACACCAUCCGUCUCAUCGACAGGCCUCAUGGGCAGCACUCGGUUAUAUUAGCAGAAGAUGUACCAAAGUUUGUGGAAUACAUGGAAGAGAGAAACGAACACGGAGCGAUCCUUGCUGGUUCCAAACAGAUUUACCUGACAUUCCCAGCAGAGAGUAGUUUCACCGAGCAUGAUGUCUCAAACUACUUCUCCAAGUUUGGACACGUGGAAGAUGUGAGGAUUCCUUGUCAACAGAAGAGAAUGUUUGGAUUCGUAACAUUUGUUUACACCGAAACCGUCAGACUCAUUCUUGCUAAAGGCAAUCCUCAUUUCAUCUGUGGGGCUCGUGUUCUCGUCAAGCCUUACCGGGAAAAAUCACGCUCUAGUCGAUAUCUUGACAAUAACAAGCCUCUUCACGGGAUGCGUUAUGGCUCCCAAUACAUCGACAGAGACAUGGAGAUGAACACAUUGCCAGCGCGUGUAAGUGAGAGCUCAAGACUAAUGAGAAAGCAGUUUCUUGAGGAACAUGAGCAAUCGGUUUCAAAGUCCUUGCCUACUAAUUACUCCUAUCUCGGCUUCUCCGAUGACUUUAAACUAACAGCAGAUGCGGAGCUAGAGGAACAAGCAGGACGGUUGAGCUAUCUGCUGGAGUAUUUGAAUACCGAAGAUAACGUCCUGAACAUAUCCACUAACUGCAAAGACACUGAUCGGAGAAUCCAUUGUGAACCUAUGGACAACCAAGUCUUGAAUCUACCAGAGAGUCCGUUUUCUUCCCUUUCUGGGAAGGAGAUUUCAACAGUUACAUAGAGAUGAAGAGAUUAAUACCUAACCAAAAGAGAGAAGAGAAGAUAGGAGCAUAAAGGUUAGAGGAAAUUUCACAAAGAUCUAAUAAUCAUCGAUCAGCGAAAAGAGAGUUUUUUUUAAUAAUGUUCUUGCAUGGCAACUUUAGAAUCUUCAGCAAUAACACCAAAGAGAAAAAGAGUUGAUAGAAACACACAAGUUGUUUGCUUCAACUACAACAUGAACGAGAAAAUUAAAGUACACGUUGUUAUUAUUCAAAACUUCAUAAAAUGUUUAAUUUGUUUCUUUUUUUUGCAUGUUCUCACUUAUCAAUUUUAUUAUGCUGAUAGAUCAUAUCUCCUUGUACAUUAUGAUAAUCAAUCUAGUUUUAAGAAAGUUUUAUUGGAGAUGA